AUGCGGCUGCCCGACGCCGAGUUCCUUGCCGCGGUGCCCACCACCUUAUCGACCCAUGCCGCCCACUCACACCCGACCGCUGCCUCGUCGCCGCUGUUCCUCGCAUCGCACCUCGAAGCAAUGCAGGCGCCGCACGGCGGUGCCCCGAACACGCUGAACAUCGACAGGAUGAGUUCGACGGGGAAGGGGAUCUUGGUGGGCAUGAUAUCCGCCUUCGGCUCAGCCGCCUUUGUCGCCGUGGUUUUCGCAAUCAUCUACUUCUUCAGAUACACCCAGCAAGGCAGGAUUUUCUUGGAUCGCAUAGGCAGACCCGGAGAGUACGAUGACGAGCAGGCCUUUCUUAAGGAGGAGGCCGAGGCGCUUGAGGAGAUGGACGAUCUGCAGCGCACCGAAUACAUGCGAGCGAAGGCGUUCAUUCAAGCCAACCCUCCCGAGUCGGUGCAGACAGACAUCUCGCUGUCGCAGUUCUUGGCGAUCCAGGAGAAGGGUGUUUCAGCCUGGGAGUUUGAACCGGAACUGGAAAUUGCAAACUGCUUUGUCGAGGGCCGCACGGAAGUCGAGUUCUUCGACUCGGAGUGCAGCGUGCAGAGUAAUCUCCCGAUUCCGAAGCAGAAUGAGGUGUACUACUGGGAGGCAAAGGUCUACGAUAAGCCUGAGAAUACGACGAUCAGCAUUGGCCUCACUACCAAGCCUUAUCCCCUCUUCCGUCUUCCAGGCUUCCACAAGACUUCUAUCGCGUACACGUCCCACGGCUCCCGGCGGUUCAACCAGCCCUUUACCCCCACUCCCUACGGCCCUUCUUACGUCCAGGGUGAUGUUAUAGGGGUUGGGUACAGGCCCCGCACGGGAACGAUCUUUUUCACUCGCAACGGCAAAAAGCUCGAAGACGUCGCCCACGGUCUCAAGUCGCAGAACUUCUUUCCUACUGUCGGUGCUAAUGGCCCGUGCCAGGUGCACGUGAAUUUCGGACAGAUGGGGUUUGUCUUCAUCGAAGCGAACGUGAAGAAAUGGGGUCUUGCACCCAUGAACGGCUCGUUGGCACCACCGCCGCCGUACGGCAGUGAGCAGGGCAGCAUUCUUUUGGAGGGUGGAAGAGAAGGCAUCAGAGAAGGCAUGGGGUACCUCGCAGCCGGUUACGCCCAUGCAAGGAGAAGCAGCCAGCAGAUGCGACUUGGAAGGAACCAGCCCACCAGCCCCGGUCCGCAACGAUCUCCCACAGAUAUUUCCCUGGCCCAGCUCAGCCUGGUCGAUUCCAACGAAGGAGAUAUAGGUGAAGGCACCAGCAAUGCUGCUGGAGACUCGUUCUCGCCGUACGGCCAGGUUCCGCAAAGCUUGGCAAUCCCUGUUGCUGAACCCCCGCCGGAAUAUGAAUCUCCCCACGGAAGCCCUAGCACCCAAGCCAGCCACGACGGUGGCGUACCCCUGUUGGGACACAGGACUGAAGAACCCCCGAUACCCACGUACGAUGCUGCAAUUGCGGAUUCCCAAGCGGAGAGCAGGGGAAGGAGUGAUACCCGUGGCUCGCGCUCAUGA